CUCAACUCUAAGACCUUCGGAACGUGAAAUAUGGGCGUGCACCAUUUUUGACACUUAAGCCAGCCGUCCCUUUCUUAGAAGACAUACGGUAGUGCUUCCACCCUCGCUCAAAUCUCAGGAAAGGAGGGGCGGAGGGUGGAUGUCAUCACUACGCGCCCGCCUUCCCGCGACGCACCGGCGGGUGGCGCAGCUCUUCGCUCGCCCGGCCUCCCCCUCCCUGGUUCCACGCUCUGGUUCCGCCAUGGAAUCCAACAAGGAUGAAGCCGAGCGCUGUAUCAGCAUCGCCCUCAAGGCCAUCCAGAGCAACCAGCCCGACCGGGCGCUCCGCUUCCUGGAGAAGGCACAGCGGCUGUACCCGACGCCGCGAGUUCGCGCCCUGAUUGAGUCCCUCAGCCAGAAACCACAGACUGCCGGUGACCAACCUCAACCCACAGACACAACCCAUGCCACCCACAGGAAAGCAGGUGGGACCGAUGCCCCCUCGGCUAACGGUGAAGCUGGAGGAGGAGAGAGCACCAAAGGCUACACUGCAGAACAGGUUGCAGCUGUGAAAAGGGUCAAGCAAUGUAAAGAUUACUAUGAGAUCCUGGGAGUGAGCAGAGGGGCCUCAGAUGAGGACUUGAAGAAGGCCUACCGCAAACUGGCCCUUAAAUUCCACCCAGACAAGAACCAUGCGCCUGGCGCCACUGAAGCUUUCAAAGCCAUCGGCACAGCAUAUGCGGUACUCAGCAACCCAGAGAAGAGGAAGCAGUAUGACCAGUUUGGCGAUGACAAGAGCCAGGCGGCCCGGCACGGCCACGGGCACGGGGAUUUCCACCGAGGCUUUGAGGCUGACAUCUCCCCAGAAGACCUCUUCAACAUGUUCUUUGGCGGUGGCUUCCCUUCUAGUAACGUCCACGUCUACAGCAACGGCCGCAUGCGCUAUACCUACCAGCAAAGGCAGGAUCGCAGGGAGAACCAGGGUGAUGGCGGGCUAGGGGUGUUUGUGCAGCUGAUGCCCAUCCUCAUCCUGAUCCUCGUGUCAGCUCUCAGCCAGCUCAUGGUCUCCAGUCCACCCUACAGUCUGAGCCCAAGACCGUCUGUCGGCCACAUCCACAGGCGAGUCACUGACCACCUGAGUGUCGUCUACUAUGUGGGAGACACUUUCUCCGAGGAGUACACAGGCUCUAGCCUCAAAACAGUGGAGCGGAAUGUGGAAGAUGAUUACAUUGCCAACCUUCGGAACAACUGCUGGAAGGAGAAGCAGCAGAAGGAAGGCUUGCUGUACCGGGCUCGCUACUUUGGUGACACAGAUAUGUACCACAAAGCACAGAAGAUGGGCACCCCCAGCUGCAGCCGACUGUCAGAGACUAUGAAAUCCCUGGAGAAUUUUUGGUGACAUGCACUGAGCCAAGGUGAUGGACUGUAUAUUUAAGGAAAGACAUACAAAGAAACAAAAUUAAAAAGGAAUUGGAGGCCGAAUGCUACACAGCUGCCCUCUCUCUCACCCAGUAAAUGCAGAAAGCUCUUAGGACAGACAGAAAACCUGCCACGGGGCUGCUUCCCUCCCUCCCAGGGCUGGCAGAGGCUCCGCAGCGGCCCUCUCCUAGGAUACGGAAACCAUGGCAACGAAAGUAGAAUGUAAAACUUGCAGCAGAUAUCAGUGGGAAGGGCUGGGGGAGGGGCACCCAGCUGCCUUUCGUCUCUCCCAGGAGCCACCACCAGCCACCUCUCAGGAGAAGCCAGAGGUACUGGCCAAGGAUAGAGAGGAGGAAGAAAGAGAACUCUCCAUAAAAUGUAAUUUAUAGAUGCGUGUAUAUGUAUAUAUAUCUAUUUAUAUGUAAAUAGACAUAUAUGAAGAUAUAUAUAUAUAGUCUACUUUUAAACUGCAGGGAUUUGGUUGUUUAGCUGAUUUCUUCCAUGUUUUAGAAAUGAGGCCUGUUUGGGGAAGGCACCCUGUGAUCUUGCUAGACGUUAGCUAUAGCUGGCAGCGUAAGGAGAGUCGCAUCAGAGCUUUUCACAGCCCCCCGAAACCCCAGCCUGGUUUUGAUGGCAGCAGUAAUUAUGAUAGUGUGAACCAGAAAAGGCCUCAGGAUUUUGGUUAAGCUGGAGAGGAGCAGGUUGUGGAGGGAGGGGCCAGGUCAAUAUUGAGUCACAGUAGAGGCCCAAUGAGGACCUGCUCAGGUGGGACCACCCCUCCCCUCUAAGCUCUGGUGGGUUCUUUGUCCUGGUGCCCAGGAGCCCUCCAGCCCCCUGCCCACAGAAGAGAAAGCCUGCAGAGGGGGCCAGGAUCUACCUAACCACUUCCCCACCCCUAAGUCCCUCAGUGGGCUUUGCCUUAUAGGUGCCACAGGGCACAGCUCCAUCAUUGCCACUGGGUUUUUCCUAAGUCACUCACCAAGGACUUCAGAAGGCUCUUCCUCCGAGUCAGCCGGUGGCGCCAGGACCCCAGGGCAGCCUCUUCGACUCCUGAAGAACAGUCAGUGCCUGUGGGCACCUCUGUCUUCACCCGCCGUGGAUGUGACCACUAGGCCUCCUCUUGCACCUUGGGCAAAGGAUACACCUGAACCAGGAUAGUUUUCUUCCCCUCACCUUCAGAUGAGGAUUUUGCUGAAAACAGCACUUGCUGCCAGGGGAAGGAGGGAAGUUUGAUUGAUUCCCACAGUUUCUACUGGGCCUUCUGGAAUGACCGUGUUUUCCUGAGUUUUCCUGUGGCAGUGGGGGUGUCAAGCCCGCUGCAUUCCAAAGCCUUACUUCCCCAAGCUGCCAGCCAGGAGGUGAUAACCCCCCUCCCAGAGUUUCUCUUGGCUCUUUUUUUAAAAGUCUCCCAACAAAUAGGAUUCUUGCUGGGAAAGGAAGUUUGGUAAGGAAAUGUCAAAUCUGGUUUUUAAACAAGUCCCACUCUGCAAUGAAGCGGCCACCUCAGCCCAGAGAGAGAUGAUAAGAACUGAUGUGGCCAGAGUGCCCACCCAUGGUGGCCCUGGUGCUCUUUCCACAACGCCCUAACCGUCUGGUCUUGGUAAUGUCCCUAGAUGGGCUGAGCCAUGUGCAAUAAGAACAUAGAUCCUAAAGGAUCCCCCGGAAGCCGUAUUUCUUGAAUUAGAGUUCUGAAAUUGUACAUCUAUAAAUAUAUGUUUAUUAUGUGA